CCUUGGUUCAGUACUUUUUCUUAUAAACAAGUCUUGCAAUUUCAAGUAAAUCAUUAAUAAUUGAGGAUUCGUUCUCGAUUUGUAAAUACUUACAGCUUGAAUAUUCUUCUUUAUCUUGCGGGAUCCUUCUGAAAGAAAAGGAUCCCUAUUUGCUGCUCUCUUUCUUUGGCAGACACGGUGUGUCGUUUCUCCUACGCUUUUUACCUAGACUAUUAUUAUCUGACUGCAUGCCAUAAAAGUUGAUCUCGCUUUCAUUUUCAAAAAACAACUUCUUCGUUGAUACACGCAUUCUUCUACUCGGUUUCUAUCUAUUCAGCGAUCUGAUACACAAAUUUUACAGACCCCUCACAUGGCGAGCUUCCUGAAUGCAAAUCGGUUUCUGCAACGGUCAGCUUGCUUGCACCCAAGCUUUCCAUUCAAGGCACCGCGUGGUUUUGGGAAAUGUACAACCAGAAAUCUAAAACAAUACUACACUCCUGCUUCUGGACCCUACCUUCGGGUCUCCAUGACAAAGGCUCCUCAAAGCUUAGGUCUUUGUUCUGCUCGAGGUGAUUCUCUUGAAAAUCAGGAUCGCCUGUCGUUUGGCUACCUGGACAAGCUUAAGGCCCCUAUUUACUUGAACGACGAAGACGCUCCGGUACAGUCUUUGGGUUCCAAGAAUUCCUCAGAAACUAAUUUCAGCAAGGGGUCGGGACUGUUUGGCUCUUUUCCAAACUUUGAUAGUCCUUUUGUUUAUGGAAUCUUUGAUGGUCACGGCGGUGUUGAAUGCAGUGAGUUUUUGAGUAAUCGCUUAGGACAUAUAAUAGAAAAACAAGAUUUUUCACGCGCUGAAGAACUGCUUCAGGAAGCCCGCUCCUUGGGCGGCUACAUGUCCUCUUUGGAACCACCUUUUUCUCUGGCAUCUGUCUUAAAGUCUCGCGACGAGGAUAUGAUUUGGAGGGCUAGACUUUAUUAUUCCUUUUUAGAAGCUGAUUUAAUUUAUUUAAAGGAGCAUGCCAAGCUCUCUCCUGAUCGUGCUGUUCCCGGUGCCGUAGGAACGGUAGUCGUUCUUACUUCAAAAAAUAACAAGUCGUAUUGGGAAAGCGAUAGCUAUACGAUUCAACUUGCUCAUGUCGGUGAUACACGAGCUAUUCUAUGUGAUUCCCGUACUGGGCGAGCACAUCGCUUAACGUUUCAGCAUAAUCCCGCUGACUUUGAAGAAUCGCAGAGACUCCGUCAUUACAAUGUCGGAUUUUCCAGUGACUCUUUUGGUGAAAAGCGAUAUGCCUGGGUUGCAAACACUCGAAGUUUUGGUGAUGGUCUAAAAUUAAAGAAGCUCGGUGUCGUCGCUGAACCACAGCUCACAUCCAUACAUUCUCUAAAAGAUGACUGGUCUUUUUUGACUUUACUUUCCGAUGGGGUUACCCAAGUGGUAUCUGAUGAUGAAGUAGUCGAUAUCAUCAAAUUAUCCGAAUCUCCUCAGGAUGCUGCAAAUAACAUUAUUAGAUAUGCCCAAAAUGUCGGCUCUGUAGAUGAUAUUACCUGUUUGGUAAUUCGGUUACCUGGUUGGAAAAAGCGUACUAUGAAUGACUUUACUAAAAAUCUACGACUAGAAAAGUCUUUCUACGUACCAAGAAGGAGUUAAUCUAUGGCUAUUUAUAUGAAACUUUUCAAUAAUUUUUCCCUUUCUCUCGUUUUAAUAUAUCUUUGAUUUCCAUCCUUUUCUCCUAUAUCGUUCAAGAGUUUCUUGAGUCUGUAUAUGCCAUGUCAUAUUGGCUUUCUAGUUGUUUUCCUUAUUUGUUUGGACCCACUUCUCAAUAUCCUUUAGGUUUUAAUUUCUUUGUAAUACAUGCUACAGUUUAAUCUAUAAAAGCUAUUCAAUGGAGUAACUAUUUUUCUAAUAUUUCUUAUUCCUAUUUACCGCCUUUUUCCA